AUGGGUAAAAACUGGUCUUCUCCUAAUACAAGAUUUCAUGAGCCGAUCCGGGCUUUGGAUUACGUCGGUUGCUUCAAAAAGCUGAAAUGUGAUAUGGCUGCUUGCUUGAACAUGAUUGAAAUUGAUCGUUCACUUCGUGCUGGAAACGACAUUCCCCCAAGAUUCCGACGUGGAGAGGCUCCCCAGGACCAACGGAGAAGAGCGAGAACCCAAAAUGGCUAA